AUGAGAAUCAUCAAGUUAGCCGUCGCCUUAUCAGUGGCUUGCUAUACUCAUGCUGCCGCUGUAAAGCAUGUGGAUGCUCAGAUCACAGAUGCUCCCGUUCUAGAAAAGAGAGCCAAGGAUGUUAUCAUCAACAAGGACUACCAGAAGAUGGAGUCUUUGAAGAUGUAUGGAGAGGCCUCCGAAGCGCCACCAAAGCCUUGGCUCAGGACUAUCUACUCCACUCAAGUGGAAAUCGUUACCCCUACAGUCAUUGGCGGCGUGACAUUCAGCGCAGAGCCUCCACUUGAAACCAACGGCUUGGAGCCUUGGAUCUCGUUGGACAAGAACGGCCGUCCAAAGACAAUUAAGCCUCAGAUCAAGGGUGGUAACACUAAGAAUCCACUGCCAACCUACGGAACGUAUUUCGGGACUCCAGUGACCAAAACGUACAACAAGGAGGAGUUGAAGGCUCACAACAUGGCAGAAGACGAGGUCUUUGAGCAUGUCGUGUGGGAGAAGGAGGACACAACCUACCACGACUUAAAUCCAAUCAUCAGAUGUACCCCCAAACUCUAUAAGAACAAGGGAGUGGCCAAGAACAUUUCACCUGAGCCCUUCUGCUUCCCAAGAGACGAUGCCGUCUGGCACGUUGACAAGACAUACUUUGUGACAUGGUACUACCCAUUCUUUGACGAGGACGUGUCCAAGGUCAAGGUGCACUUGUCGUACGUGAAGGUGUCCGCCCGUCAAAAGGGUAUGAAGAGAGGCCUUGAAAUGCUUGAGAACGGCAUAGAAAAGGUGAAGCGCAAUUUCAAGAGAUCUCAAGUCAUCGAAAAGGGUGGCACUAUUGCCCAGAAGUCGUUCUUCACUUCGGACUGGCUUGACAAGGAUGUUGGUAUCUUCCCAGUCACUGUCGACAAGGAGUGGCUCGGUGAAGAAUGGAGCAGAAAGGCAUUGAUCUCUAUCCAACCAGACAAUGUGGGUGAUGAUGAAUUCGAUCACUUGGAGAACUCUAUCGUGGUCGAACUUGCCUACGCAACCAAGGUCGGGAAGGGCCACAAUCUCGAUCUCAAGAAGCAACAGGAGAAGGACCGUUUGAAGGCACUUUACGGCGAUGACUACGAAGUUGUGGAGGGUAUUGAUUACGAGAAGUACAUUAUUAUCAUUACCAUCCCAACAUGUGUGGUGAUCGCUGUUCUAGGCAUGUACCUUUUCAUCUGGAUCAACAAGAAGCACACGGAUUUGUCCUUCCUCAAAAACGUCAAGUUCAAGAAGAAGAAGAGAAGCAGAAUGCCCUUCGCUAAGAAGAACGAGAACAAGUACAGCGAGUUGCCCCAGUGGGAGGGUCCAAAGGCCGAUUAG